AUGGCGGACGUCGACCAACGCGAGGUUCAACAGGCCCUCGAGGCCCAUAAUAAACCCCCGUCUGAAAAGGGCGGAGACCCCGACAACGGGGGCACUCCCGACGCUCCUAUCAUCCCCAGCACGGGGGUUGAGAAGGCCGAACAGGAGAACGCGCGCAAGGAGAGUGUGCGCUCCGAUGGGAAGCGCGAAUUGAAGGAGUACGAGUGCUAUGAGAAGCUCGGAUACUGCUGGCCACGGUGGAAGAAAUGGGGGUAUCUUGCUGCGGUCGCCUUCGUGCAGGUGUCCAUGAACUUCAACACCUCUGUCUUUCCCAAUGCCGUGACGCCGUUGUCUGAGGCCUUCCAUAUCAGUGAGCAGCACGCGCGUACUGGCCAGAUGGCCUACCUGGUUGCAUACUCCAUUGGAUGUGAACUUUGGGCUCCGUGGAGUGAGGAGUUUGGGCGCUGGCCUAUCCUCCAGCUCUCCAUGUUCCUGAUCAACAUCUGGCAGAUUCCCUGUGCGCUGGCUCCUAACUGGGGGACCAUUGUUGUCUGCCGUGCUCUUGGUGGUCUUUCUACUGCCGGUGGUAGUGUCACGCUUGGUCUGAUUGCCGAUAUCUACGAGAAGGAGACGCAGCAGUUUCCUCUCGCCUUCAUCGUCUUGUCUUCGUGCAUUGGAACCAGUAUCGGUGGUGUCAUUGGUGGUCCCAUCCAGCGCUUCCUCGACUGGGAAUGGUUCUUCUGGAUCCAGCUCAUCUUCGGCGGCGUCACCCAAGCCAUCAUCUUCUUCAUGCCCGAGAGUCGCUCGACCAUCAUCAUGGACAAGGAGGCCAAGCGCAUGCGCAAGUCCGGCGAAGACCCCAACGUCUACGGCCCCAACGAGCUGAAGAAGCCUCGUGUCUCGGCCAACGAGGCAUUCCAUAUCUGGGUCCGUCCCUUCCACAUGCUGCUCACCGAGCCCAUUGUCUUCUGCCUGUCUCUCCUAUCCGGUUUCUCCGACGCCCUCAUCUUCACCUUCCUCGAGAGUUUCCCCCUCGUAUACGAGCAGGGCUGGGGCUUCGGUAUCCUCGCCACCGCCUGGGCCAUCAUCCCCAUCAACCUGGCCUACUUCCUGACCUACUUCUCCUACUGGCCCUGGUUCUGGCGCGACCAGCAACUCCGCAAACGCAUCGACGACGACGACAUGGCGCCCGAGCGCCGUCUCAAGUGGCUCCUGUGGCUGGCGCCCCUCGAACCCAUCGGUUUGUUCGGCUUCGCGUGGACAUCCUUCGGCAAGGAGCGCAACAUCCCCUGGAUCGCGUCCAUGAUCUUCUCCACCUGCGUCGGUAUCGCGAACUACGCCAUCUAUCUGUCGUCUGUCGACUACAUGGUCGCCGCGUACGGUGUCUACUCUGCAUCCGCGACCGGUGGUAACGCCUUCGCCCGUGAUCUGCUGGCUGGUGUGUCGGCGAUGUAUGCCACGCCUAUGUACCAGAAUAUCGGCGACAAGUGGCACGUCCAGUAUGCCUCUACCGUCCUGGCUUGUUUGUCGUGUGUGGUUGUGGCGCCGAUUUAUGUCUUCUACUGGAAGGGCCCGCAGAUUCGCGCGAAGAGUAAGUUCGCUCAGGCUCUUGCGGCGGAGAAUAAGACGAACCAGGGACGGAGGGUUAGUAGGAUGGAGAGUCAGCAGUGGGCUUAG